UUUAUAGCGGGCAUCCCCAUGGCCGGGGCGACGGAGCUGUGGGGGACCGUGCAGCCGGCAGAGCCGCCUCCGGUGGCCCCGCAAGCGGGACGAUGUCGCCGCGGGUCUGUGGCGGCGCGGGGGCUCGCCCGCUUCUGCUGGCGGUGCUGUUGCUGCUGCUGCAUCUGCCGCAGCGCCCCGGGCACCGAGCCGCGGGACCCCGGUUUUUAAUAAGUGAUCGUGACAGAGACCCUCAGUGUAACCUGCAUUGCUCAAGGUCCCAGUCCAAACCUCUCUGUGCCUCCGAUGGCAGAACAUACGAGUCAAUGUGUGACUACCAGAGAGCCAAAUGCCGCGAGUCAAGUCUGAGCGUGACACACCGUGGCCGGUGCAAAGAUGCUGGCCAAAGCAAGUGCCGAUUAGAGAGAGCUCAAGCACUAGAACAAGCAAAGAAGCCCCAGGAAGCAGUCUUCAUCCCAGAAUGCAAUGAGGAUGGAUCAUUCACGCAGGUGCAGUGCCAUACCUACACUGGAUACUGCUGGUGUGUGACACCUGAUGGCAAGCCUAUUAGUGGCUCUUCUGUACAAAACAAAACUCCUGUAUGUUCAGGUUCUGUAACUGAUAAACCGUCAAGCCAGGGUAAUUCAGGAAGGAAAGUUUCUUUUCGAUUCUUUUUAACCCUCAAUUCAGAUGAUGGUUCGAAGCCAACGCCAACCAUGGAAACUCAGCCUAUUUUCGAUGGAGAAGAAAUCACAGCACCCACCCUUUGGAUUAAGCACUUGGUCAUCAAAGAUUCCAAACUAAACAGCUCCAGUAUAAGGAAUUCAGAGAAAGUUCACUCCUGCGACCAAGAAAGGCAGAGCGCCCUGGAGGAGGCCAGGCAGAACCCCCGUGAGGGCAUCGUCAUCCCUGAGUGUGCUCCCGGAGGGCUCUACAAACCAGUACAAUGCCACCAGUCGACUGGGUACUGCUGGUGUGUCCUGGUGGACACGGGACGCCCCCUGCCUGGUACUUCCACUCGCUAUGAGACCCCAGUGUGUGAAAGCGAUGCCAGAUCGAAGAGCACAGAGAUUGAUGAUCCAUUCAAGGACAGAGAACUUCCAGGCUGCCCCGAAGGGAAGAAAGUUGAAUUUAUUACCAGCUUGCUUGAUGCUUUGACUACGGACAUGGUACAGGCUAUUAACUCAGCAGCACCUACUGGGGGUGGCAGGUUUUCUGAGCCAGACCCCAGCCACACACUGGAGGAGCGAGUGGUACACUGGUACUUCAGCCAGCUGGAUAACAACAGCAGCAAUGACAUCAACAAGAGGGAGCUGAAACCUUUCAAGCGUUAUGUAAAGAAGAAAGCCAAGCCCAAGAAAUGUGCUCGACGUUUCACUGACUACUGUGACCUCAACAAGGACAAGUCAAUCUCCCUUCAGGAGCUGAAAGGGUGCUUGGGAGUCAGCAAAGAAGGAGGUAGCCUGACCAGUUUCCCCAAUGGAAAGAGACAAGGCCUGAAUCCUUUCAUAGGUCGCCUGGUGUAGCAACGGAAGACAGGAAGGGAAGGAAGGAGCCGACCCAAAGGGAAGAAAAAUUCAGCGACAGAUGGACAGACACCUUGCUGCUUGUGAGCAAGCAGGCAGCAUCAGCAACAUCCGACGUAGCUGAAGUGGCACCCAGAAUGUUUGCACUUUUUAAUAAUUGGUUUGGGUUUGUUUUUAAUUGCUUUUUAAUGCCAAUACUAAUACUUUGGAGAGUGGGAGGAAGCAGGAUCAUGACUUUUUGAAAUUGGAACAGCUACUGAUGACAUAAAAUUGAGUUCGCUGGGACUCAAAGAGAAAUUUUAUUUACUGUAUAUAAAUAUAUAUGUAAAUUGUACAGUUGUCUUGUACAGGGGUUGGAGUCACUGUUCUGUUCCUCCCUUUGCUUUUGAAGGCUGUUAGGGUUAGAGGGACACUUUGCAUUUAAUGGAUUAGAGUAAUGCAUUCAUUUCUGCCACCAAAUCAUCAUCCAGUUGCAAAACUUAACACCUCCAUGCAAAAAGGAGCAAAUAUAGCAGCAUGACUUGUGCUUGCAGAUGUGCACAGAGUGCCAAUUGCAUCUUGGGAGCAGCUAAACCCCUCGUUUUCUUACUGUAAAGCCUUGUACAGCUCACAGGCAAUUGGUCUUUUGAGAGAGCACGGAUUUCACCUAAGAAUUGGUGCACUGCAAAGCUGCUUAAAGUAGGGAUAGAGGAGGGUUGUAUUAAGGACAUACAAAAGUAGUUUCUGUGCUUGUUGCAAGCUGGACAGAAAUGAAUUGCAAAUGCAUUACCGUUCAGGCUCAGAAGACAUGGUUAGCAAAGAUGUGCUACGCAUCGGAUCUAAUGCUGUAGGAAGAAUGUGGGAGCCAUAGGCCUAGUAGCGUCAGCAGAGUGAAGUCUUGCAUCUUCCUCUCUGAGAAAGUGUCUAUCUGUGUGUUGUACAGCAAUAAAAAUUUUGAGAAGCCUGCUAAAAGCAGCAUCAGCCUGCCUGUUGCUUUGCUGAAGAGCAAAGAGCGCAUUUGUCAGUGCAGAAAGACAUGGUCAUGCUGCUGUUCCCAAAGAGUCUGAUUUACUUGUAUUUCAACACUACAGCUUGGGCCAUUCUCACUGGUAAAGGACUGUCUGCAAUGACUGUUCUUGUCUUUGGUGGUCAUGAAUGCCAAGCUUCUCUCUUGCACCAUGGUGUGUCUGCCUAGAUCAGACUAUCCUCUUCACCAGGUCCACUGUUAUCAGUACCUCCUGUGUUAUCACACUCCAGUGUCACGUUGCAGUAACAGUGAAGGCUUGGAUUGAGGAGCCUGGUCCCUUGGAGGCUGCACGGGCUGUUUCAACUACCAGUAGUUUUUUUCAGAGCUGUUUCUUAAUCUCAGAUGCAGUUGUAAAGUCAGCACUAGGGCAGGGAAUCCUAGGUUUGGGCAGUGUGAUGGGGCACACACUGGUUUGCUUUGUGCAUUUCCAACCACUGGCAGUAGGAGAUGGUCUAAGCAGCCUUCCACUUCAGACCUGGUGAUCCUAGUGCCUCCCAUCUCUGGAUGAAGAACCUGUAGUUAAGCCAUGAUGGCAUGCCACGCUAGUACGAGAUCAUACCAACAACUGCUUGUUACAGCAUUGUGUUACUAUAGAGACUCGGCUUGUCCCUUUAGGCUUUGUUGCUUUGGUAAAGGGUGUUGCAACACAGCCUCUUCACUGCGUGGCAUGUCAUCAUGACGAUAACAUGAGAUAAACACAUCACAGCAGCAGUGUCCUCAUACAGUAAAUUAGUGCCUUGUUGACAAAAUGGAAAGCUUAAAAAAAAAAUCUUUCUGUAAAUAACUGUUUAUAAGUAGUAAUAACUCUUCCUCUGGGAAAUAGAUUGGAGUUUAAUUAAUUUGGCAUGGUUGAAAACACCUCCGGUAAUCUCUGAUACACAUCACACCACCAUAAUAUAAAGAAGUUGUCUCUAGCAAGAGCAGACCUUGCUGCUGGAUCUUCAUGGCUUCUCACAUACAAUGUAUGUGCUUUUUUGGCCUGCAAGCUCCCACUUUCUUGAUUGCUCUUUUUAAAUGCCUGGGGCACACCUUUUGUGUGUUGGUAUGUUUUGGUUUAGUGUAUAGUUACAAAUGUCCCUGUCACUCAUUAAUGCUAUUGUAGGAGUAAAGAAUGAAUCCAACUGUAUAUAUAUAAAAAAAAACCUCUUUUUUUUUUUUUUUAAUAUGCUAGUUCUAGUAAUUAAAAGCUCUGACUGCUUGUGGUAUUUUGUUUUGUUAAUGUAUAGAUGCAUCCAGCAAAAGCAGCCACUUGGAUGCCUAUAGGAGUUCUGUCAGCUAGCCCCUGGGAAUAGGCAAGAUUGCAGGGGGAAUUCAGAGCUGCUAAAAGUCACUGCAUCCUUUCCUUCUGGAAAUGUCAGUAAACCAGGCAGCCGGCGCUCCUGCCUAUCACACAAAUCCUUCUGCAGACCUCCUUUUUCUCAUCCUUGUGUCCUUUCCUCUGUAAAAGACCUGCAUUUACAUGUAGUUUGCAAUUAAAACUUGGGUCAGUUCUUCAAGGAAGCCAAACAAGGGAUGGCAGUUGAUGUUAUCUUUGGUAUUGGUGGGUAUUCAUAUUGCUAUGCUAGAGCUGACUUUAUGGAUAGAUUGCAGUCCAGGCAUCAUGUUGCUUUCCCUUUUAUGUUCAUGAGACAAUUCCAAGUCCCCUCAUUGGGACGUGCUGGGUUUUCACGGGCAACUCUUGUGUUCUGGUAUGUAAGACCCAACCAGCAUGAUUGCAUAAUGUCUGGGUAGAGUUUGGGUUACUGGUUCUGGACCUCUAUGUUAGAAGAUCAUGCAGACAGUAUUGGUCCUGAUUUGUAAAGCCCAUCCUGAGUUGUCCAAACAUCUGAAGACAGCAGUGCCUCAACUCCCCUCUUCCCUUAUCGCUUUUAUUGCUAGAUAAAUGGCCAGUCCACCUGACUGCUGGGCCAAAUGUGUCAUCAUUUGGCAGUGGUAAGCAUGUUCUCUCUGCCUUGCAUCAGUAGCAUCCUGCUGAAGCUGGGGCGUGAAGACUGUUAGCAUUGUGCUUGGAAGCAGACCCUGGGCGCAUCUCUCCUCAUCUCUCAAGUCCUCAUAGGCCUCUCCAGGUCUGCUUGAAUGAUGUCUGAAAACAGAUGGGACAGAGAAGAGAACCAGGGCUCCACAGUACAAGUCAUCUGCGCUACCUCCCAGAAGCAAAAAUCUUUCCUUUUGUGCAUGGAUGUAGUGUGUUGGAGGGAACUGCAUUAUGGUGGGAUUCAUCCGUGUGAAGGCACAGCUUUCUGUGGCCUGAGUUUCUACUGAACUUACCUUGCCCAGCGCACUUCUGCCUAUGGCGUUGUUUGUUAGGCUGAAAGGCAUCUGUUUGAUUUUGGUUUUGUAAUAAAAUA